UUUGUAUAUAUAACCGAACCCUUCUUUUCCGAAACUCACAGUUUUCUUCAAGUUUCGAUUUCGUUUCGUCUUCACUACAAACUCUCUGAACCCUAAGAUUUGCUUUUUUGAUUUCCUUUGAAUCCAUUUGAAUUUGUCUUCUUCUGAUUCUUCAUCCAUGGAGUGUAGAACUUUAGAUAUCAAUAUCAAGAGGGCCAAAGGCCUCAAGAACGUCAAUCUCUUCUCCACGAUGGACGUAUACGCCGUCGUUUCGAUCUCCGGCGAUCCUCGCGGAAAAUCGAAGCAGAAGACUCCGGUAGCUAAAGACGGUGGCACGGAUCCUCACUGGAAUUAUCCGAUGAAAUUCACAAUCGAUGAGGCUGCCGCACAGAGCAAUCGCCUCAAUCUUAAGAUCAAAUUGGUUUCCGAUCGGAGUUUAGGCGAUAAGAAGAUCGGGAAGGUUAUUGUUCCGAUUAAGCAGUUGCUCGAUGAAAGUGCUAAAGGAGAUGAAGAAAAAUCCGAGAGAAUCGUUAAUUUCAGCGUCAGGACGAUGAGCGGAAAGGAAAAAGGUACCGUCGAAUUUUCGUAUAAAUUUGGGGAAAAAUACACGGUUCAGGCACCACCACCACCACCGCCUCCUGCUAUGAAAUCCGGUGAACCGGUAACGGCUUAUCCCCAAGGUUAUCCUGGAUCUAGUUCUGGAUAUCCGGCCGGAGGUGCUUAUCCGCCUGCGCCAGGGACUGCUUAUGCGUAUCCGCCUCCGCCUCAUGGAUACGGAUAUCCACCGCCUCCACAGGCUGGAUAUGCGUACGGCGGUUACCCUCCGCCUGUGCAGCCGGGGUAUGGAUAUGCGCCGAUGCAUCAGCCACAGAGGCCGCAGAAGAGUGGUUUUGGCGGUAUGGCUUUGGGAGCCGGAGCUGGACUUCUCGGUGGUUUGCUGAUAGGGGAUAUGAUUUCCGAUGUCGGUGAUGCGGCGGCCUACGAUGCUGGAUAUGAUGCUGGUUUUGGUGAUGGCUUUGAUUUCUAAAUCCCUUUCUUCUUCUAUGAUAAAUUUGUUUCUUCUGUUGUGUAUAGGAGACAUUUUGAAGGUUUAGAUUACAUAAACUUGAAUAAGUUUGGGGUAUUGUUCUCAAUUAGAAUAUGAUGGUCAUUGGUCAAUGCUUUACAUUUUUUUUUUUUUUGUUUUUAAUUUCUGAAGUUUGUAACUAAUCUUUCACUGACUUGAGAUUGAAUCUCUUGUACCUUUUGUUUCCAUAAUGUUAUUACAUAUUUUGAGAUGUCUA